UUUUCAUCAUAAUUAAAAUUAAUAUUAUUUUCAAAUUUCUCAUUUAGAAAAGAACAUAUGUAGAUUUACAUUUAAUUUUCAAUUAUGGAACAACUUUAUGUCAUUACUCGUUAAUAUAGGCAUAGAAAUGUUAUAAAUUCCAUAACUGAAUAUCAUGCCAAUUGUAAACGAAAAAUAUGAAAAUUUCUGGAAUCGAGUAAUAGUUGAUAAUCAAUUCGGUAAAAACUUUAAAAUUGAUCAGCGAAAAUCAAUUUGCCACUUACAUUUACCGAAGAUUAUUAAAAACGACAAAUUUGGACAUUUGAUAUAUAAAAAGGGUGAUUACAUUAGAAACCAAUAUGAAAUUAUAUGCACUCUCGGUGAAGGUACAUUUGGGAAAGUGGCAUUAGUCUCCGACAAAAUAAGACGUCAUGAUGCUCCACAGACUCAAGCUUUAAAAAUAGUCAAAAAUAUCGAAAAAUACCGUGAGGCCGCUAAGCUAGAAAUUAAUGUUUUAAAAAUGAUUAAAAAAUUGGACACAAAACAAAAAUCAAAUUGCGUAAACUUGAUAGAUUGGUUCGAUUAUCAAGGCCACAUAUGUAUUAGCUUUGAAGUUUUAGGGUCCAGCGUUUUCGAUUUUUUGAAAAAUAACAACUACCAAUCAUUUCCUUUGGAACAAAUAAAAAGUAUUAGUCAUCAACUACUCAAAGCCUGCAAAUUUUUACAUGAAAACCACAUUACUCAUACUGAUUUGAAACCUGAAAAUAUGCUCUUUAUAGAUUCUUCAUUUGUAACUUUAUACGACAAGUCAACAAGUAAGAGAUACAUGAAAGUCAAAAAGACAGCGAUAAAAUUGAUAGAUUUUGGUUCAGCUACUUUUGAUCACGAACAUCAUAGUUCAUUAAUAUCCACAAGGCAUUACCGGGCACUUGAAGUUAUAUUAAAUAAUGGAUGGUUUCAAAGUUGUGAUAUAUGGAGCAUAGGUGCGAUUCUUUUUGAGCUAUAUAGAGGAUUUACUCUAUUUCAAACGCAUGAUGACAAAGAACAUUUAGCAAUGAUGCAAAGGAUAUUAGGCCCCAUUCCCUCUAAUCUUUUAAACAAAUCAAAAGUUUAUUUCCUCAAUGAUGGAAAAUUAAUUUACGAAAAUAAUAGUCCUUUAAUUCAAUACGUGCAUAAACAAUGCAAACCUUUAAAAGACUACAUGUUGGCAAGGUCGGAGCAACAUUUAUUACUGUUUGAUUUAAUCGCUUUGUUACUUAAUUAUGACCCUAACCAAAGGAUAACUAGCAAGGCUGGACUUGAUCAUUCAUUUUUUAUGGAAAUGUCUUAGCUUAACGAUUAAUUAGAACUUUAAACACUUGCCAAUAUAAAUUGAAUAUUGUGAAGAUCAUAUUUAAUUUUUUAUUAAUUUUUAAAAUAAUUCAAUUUAUAGUUUAUAUUAUACUAUAAAAACUUUAUUUUUACUGCCAUGUUAUUUUAUAUUUAUCUUUUGUAUAAUAACGUUAUUAAAAUUCUGUUUAUAGUAAUCUAUUUUUACCCAGAGAAGAUAUUUUUUUAAUUAAAUU